AUGAUAGACAGUCGUGUUCUUGUGGUCCACGGUGAUCAGCUGUUGCAGCAGGAUGCCCACCCCCCCCCUCCUCCCCCACCACCAGGGGGACCCCCACCUCCCCCCACCUUCAGCCAGGCCAACACCAGCCCCCCCAAGCUGAGCAGAGAGGAGGCUAAAGGUCGCGGCGCUCUGCUGACGGACAUCUGUAAAGGCACCCGGCUGAAGAAGGUGGCGGUGGUGAACGACCGCAGCGCGCCGCUGCUCGACAGUAAGAGCCAAACACCAAAGAGCCAAACACCUCCCACAGACCACCCAUACAUUCGCUUAUACCAGUACCUACACCAGCAGCAGAGCCCGCCUCCACAGCAGGGGGCGCCGCCCGAGGAGCAGCAGAGGACGGCCGGAGGUCAGAGCUCCGCUCCUCCGUCACUAGAGAAGCCUAAAGGAGGCGGAGCAGCAACAGGGGGAGCCAAUGGCAGCGCAGCAGGGAGCCCGUCAGGUUCUGUUCCACCAAUCGGAGGACUGUUCACAGGCGGAGUUCCUAAACUGAGACCAGUCGGAGACGGCUCCUCUGGACGUUCUCCCUCCACUCGGGGCGCAGCGCCCCGCCCCCCCAGCCAUCGCCAUGAUGACCCAGAAAGCCCCUCCCCUCAGGCGUUGUCGCCGAUGGAGACGCCUCGUUCCCAGCGUCCCUCGCUGCCCAACCUCUCCUCCUCUCACUCCUCCUCCUCCCCCUCGUCCGCCGCCUCCUCCCCCUCCUCCAGCAUGAAGCACUCCUCCUCCGCCCCCCCUCCACCUCCUCCUGCCUGUCGCCGCGGUAACGCCCCCUCCCCACCCUCCUCCUAUAACAGAGAGAAGCCCCUCCCCCCGACCCCUAACAACACGCCGCCCCUCCCGUCCAAACCUCCCCCGUCUCCUAGCAACAGCAGGCGCCCUCCCACCUCAGGAGGAAAUACCGCGUCCUCCACCUCCUCCUCCUCUCUGGCCCCGCCCCCUCCACCUUACCGAAUCACUAACGGUCCGUCAGGUGGCGGCGAGGCGGCGCCUGAGCUGCCGCAGCGCCACAACUCCCUCGGCAACAAGAGGACCGCCCCCACACCAGGAGGCCACACCCCCACCAGAGGCCACGCCCCUCCACCUCCCCCAGCCUCCCCUACCCCCUCACAACAGGGCGCCAACAGGCCGCCGCCCCCCAUCAGAGAGACGCCAGGUAGAGGAGCAGCUCCUCCGGUCCCGGUCCAGUCCUCGGCGCUGAGGGCAGGUGGCAGAGAAGCCCCGCCCCCUCCUCCUUACAGGACACAUGGUAGCCCCUCCCUCUCCUCCGACCCCCCCGCCAGAGGGAAACCUCCUCCCCCGCCAACCCGCACCCCCGCUGCUCCUCCCCCGCCUCCCCCUCCUCUUCGCAACGGACACUCCUCCUCCUCCAUCAUCCCUCGUUCUUUUGUCGACGACUUUGAGUCCAAGUACUCGUUUCAUCCUCUGGACGACUUCCCUCCUCCAGAAGAGUAUCGACACUUCGCCAAGAUCUACCCCAGCAAGGCCAACAGAGUGAUGAGAGGAGCUCCGCCCCUUCCUCCUGUCGGGAGGUGAACCAUGACAACAACCACAGCUGGACCACACACACACACACACACACACACACACACACACACACACCGCCAUCCUGUUUGAUGACAUCACGUCCAGCAUCGCCAUCCUCAACAUCACCGCCUCAUCUACGCUCACAGCUGAUUGGCUGAGGGAGAGGUCUGAUCUGACUGGCUGAGGUCUGAUCAUGUGACUAGCUGAGCUGAUGAAGAGGAGCCGCCCGCUCUUCAGCUUCUUCUUCUCCGGACAGAACGACCCCGAGGGUUUUCAUUUCAUUUGCACUUUUCGUUUGAAGAGCGAGCGGGGGAGAAGAAGCAGCGGCGGCUCGGAGCUGAGCGCUCCUGCCGGGACGCUCGGCCCGGCUCGCCGCCGCUACAUGGCUUCUUGUUUCUUCUUCUGCUUUUUUAAUCGACACGUUUGUCUUCAUGUAUUUUUAUUUGUUUAACAUGUGAAGAAGCGUCAUUGGUUGACCUGUCACCGUGGAAACGCGUUCACCAACAGCAGAUCGUUUCGUUUCAUUUUGCUGUUUGAUUGAAACUCUGGACUGAAGCAGGCUACCUGUCCCCCCUGUUUCCAGUCUUUAUGCUAAGCUAAGCUAACCACGUACCUAAAGGUCCCUGUGGAGUUUCGGACCUGGACCUGGACCUGGACUUGGACCUGGACUUAGACCUGGACCUGAAAGGGUCCCAAAAGAAAGUCCUUGUUCCUGUCUGAAACUGAAGGAAGAGCAGUUUCCUCUCGGGCAGGACGCCGCGUGGAAACAUCUGUACAUACUCGCCUGCGUCACCGUCAGCAGACACACCUGUCCUGGUGAUGUCGGGACGACGCGCUUUAUUUUGGCGGGACGUGACCUCCGACACGAACCCGGAUCGGUUUCUGAGCAGGACGAGUCUUUAAGUGCCAAGACGGACAAAACGAACUCACCCGACUCGUCCUGCUGCUGCAGGCCGCUCAGCGGGCCGUACCAUGUUGGUCUGAGGGGGGACACAGACAAUCAGACAGGAAGUCUUCCUGCUUUCCUUUCCUACUUUCCUUUCCUCCUCCUCUCCUUCUUUAUUUCCCUCCUUCCUCCUCUCCUUCCUUCCUUUAUUCCCUUCUCUUCUCCUUCCCGUCUCCUUCCUUCCCUCCUCUCCUU